AUGUUUGGGAAGAAAAAGAAAAAGAUUGAAAUUUCUGGCCCAUCCAACUUUGAGCACAGGGUUCAUACUGGGUUUGAUCCACAGGAGCAGAAAUUUACUGGCCUUCCCCAGCAAUGGCACAGCCUGUUAGCAGACACAGCCAACAGGCCCAAGCCCAUGGUGGAUCCGUCAUGCAUCACACCGAUACAACUGGCUCCCAUGAAGACAAUUGUCAGAGGAAAUAAAUCCUGCAAGGAAACCUCAAUCAAUGGCCUGCUAGAGGAUUUCGACAACAUCUCUGUGACCCGCUCCAACUCCCUAAGGAAAGAAAGCCCACCCACUCCAGAUCAAGGAGCCACUAGCCGUGUUCAAGGCCACUCAGAAGAAAAUGGCUUCAUCACCUUCUCACAAUAUUCCAGUGAAUCCGAUACUACUGACUAUGCCACUGAAAAGUACAGAGAAAGGAGUCUCUAUGGAGAUGACCUGGAUCUGUACUUUAAAGGCAGCCAUGCAGCCAAGCAAAAUGGGCAUGUCAUGAAGAUGAAGCAUGGAGAUGCUUACUAUCCUGAGAUGAAGCCUUUGAAAACUGACCUGGCCAGAUUUCCUGUCGACUAUCACACACACUUGGACUCACUGAGCAAACCAAGUGAAUAUGGUGACCUUAAGUGGGAUUAUCAUCGAGCCUCCAGUAGCUCCCCUCUGGAUUACUCAUUCCAACUCACACCUUCUAGAACUGCAGGGACCAGCAGGUGCUCCAAGGAGAGUCUGGCAUACAGUGAAAGUGAUUGGGGAGCUAGCCUUGAUGACUAUGACAGGAGGCCAAAAUCAUCAUACCUGCAUCAGACAAGCCCUCAGCCAGCCAUGAGGCAGAGAUCCAAGUCAGGCUCAGGGCUUCAGGAACCCAUGAUGCCAUUUGGAGCAAGUGCAUUUAAAACCCAUCCUCAAGGACACUCGUACAACUCCUACACCUACCCUCGCUUGUCCGAGCCCACAAUGUGCAUUCCAAAGGUGGAUUAUGAUCGAGCACAGAUGGUCUUCAGUCCUCCAUUGUCAGGGUCCGACACCUACCCCAGAGGCCCCACCAAACUACCUCAAAGUCAAAGCAAAACAGGCUACUCUUCAAGCAGCCACCAGUACCCUUCCGGGUACCACAAAGCCACCCUGUACCACCAUCCUUCCCUGCAAACCAGUUCUCAGUACAUUUCCACUGCUUCUUACUUGAGCUCUCUCAGCAUCUCCUCCAGCACCUACCCUCCACCUAGCUGGGGCUCCUCGUCGGACCAGCAGCCCUCCAGGGUAUCCCAUGAACAGUUCCGAGCUGCCCUACAACUGGUGGUCAGCCCAGGAGACCCCAGGGAAUAUUUGGAUAACUUUAUCAAAAUUGGAGAAGGGUCAACAGGCAUCGUGUGCAUUGCAACUGAGAAGCACACAGGAAAGCAAGUGGCAGUGAAGAAAAUGGACCUCCGAAAACAGCAAAGACGGGAACUCCUUUUUAAUGAGGUUGUGAUAAUGCGUGAUUACCACCAUGACAAUGUAGUUGACAUGUAUAACAGCUACCUUGUUGGAGAUGAGCUCUGGGUGGUCAUGGAGUUUCUAGAAGGUGGUGCCUUGACAGACAUUGUCACUCAUACCAGAAUGAAUGAAGAACAGAUAGCUACUGUCUGCCUCUCAGUUUUGAAAGCCCUCUCCUACCUUCACAACCAAGGAGUGAUUCACAGGGACAUAAAGAGUGACUCCAUCCUCUUAACAAGUGAUGGCCGGAUAAAGUUAUCUGACUUUGGUUUCUGUGCUCAAGUUUCCAAAGAGGUGCCAAAGAGGAAAUCACUGGUGGGCACGCCAUACUGGAUGGCACCUGAGGUGAUUUCCAGGCUACCUUAUGGAACAGAGGUGGAUAUCUGGUCCCUCGGGAUCAUGGUGAUAGAGAUGAUUGAUGGUGAGCCCCCAUAUUUCAAUGAGCCUCCUCUUCAGGCAAUGCGGAGGAUCCGAGACAGUUUACCUCCAAGAGUGAAGGACCUACACAAGGUUUCUUCCAUGCUCCGCGGAUUCCUGGAUCUGAUGUUGGUGAGGGAGCCCUCUCAAAGAGCCACAGCCCAAGAACUUCUUGGACAUCCAUUCUUAAAAUUGGCAGGUCCACCAUCUUGCAUCGUUCCCCUCAUGAGACAAUACAGGCAUCACUGA